AGUACCGUCCACGAUUUGACAGUCCACCGUGCAACUCCAGAGGAUAUUCUACGUCGCCGUGAAAUACACAGAUCAAAAAACAAAGCGCUGGCACAUCUGGAGCUACAAGAGAAAGCACUGAAAAGAAAAUGGAAGAAGCAAAAACAACUGGCUGGUGACUCCUUGGAGAAAAGGAAACUGACUCUGAUGCGUGAGAUUCUGACUGAUCAAUAUCAUUUGCAAGAUGUGUUGCAACGCUCUGAUCAGGUCAUGGCUGUGGCAAAAGACCUGCUUGGGGAUGCCCCUCGCACGCGAACAGGUUUCCCUAAUGUAACAAUGGCUCCUCACUGUGACCUAGCAUCAUCUCAAGGACCCGUUGUACAAAGAUGUGAUCCUCCUGCUCAGCUUUCCAUCCUUCAUGAAUCUGGCAUGGAUUCCCAGGCCCUUAAUGAAAUGGAAGAACGAACGUUACCAAUCUAUCAACAGGAAGAUGGACACAGUGACUCUCCAAAUUUCAAAUCCAGCAUCAGUCCUGGCAGGCUACUUCGGUUAUUGAGAGAAGAAAAUUCCUUGGUGAAUUCUAAGCUGUGGGCUGAAAAGGAUAUGAGGAAAACUACCGUGUCAGAGGAAUCAAAUGUGCCUUUGACUCCACCAACUGUUUCUCCAUCAUUGGAUCAGUCAGCCCUCAAUGCUACCAGUGUAGUCAAGAGAAUCCGUUCACGACUUCAGGAUGCAGACGAAGAAGAGGCUGCAGACUCCAGUUACACUGUGAGACGAGUGCUGAACCCCUGCUCAAGGAAACAAAAGCAGAUUGCAGCAAAAGUGAAAAGAAAACAAACUGCACAAAACUCUGCAAGACAGGGGAGAGAUGAUUCUCUAGCUAAUUCAAUCCCCGCUGAGCUUCGGAAGGACGACGAGUCCAGCCUAGAUGUUCUGAACCGCAUGAUACGUGAAGUGGAGCGUGAAUUAGAGGCGUACGAGCGAUGUACAGGUCGUGAGGUUCAGAAAACUGAGAGGAGUGAAGGCCUCACCGGGUUUACCUUGUCACUGGUGAACGCUCUCUGUCGUUUGAUGCGCUGCCUCAGAGAGAGUGAAAUGCAGCUGCGUGAGACGGAGGCGAUGAGGCAGCAGCAUAAGGAGAUGUUGAAUGAACACAGAGAACUGAUUGAUGCCCUGACUGCAGAAAUACUUCUUGUGAGGGAAGAAAACGUUGCUAUGCAGAAGAAGCUUGAGCAGUACAUGACAGCAACAGAUGAACAGCUGGUCUCUCUCACACAAGCAUUUAAAGGCCUCCCUUUGGUAGACCCUAGAAGAGAACAAAGCCCAAACCAUUUUGGAAUCACAAGCAAAGGUCCAGCGAACAGCCAAGAAAAACCUGAUUUGAGCUAUUUUGAGCCCAGGACUGAUGCAGCCAACAGGGAAGAUAUGCUGAAAUUCCCACAGGAAGAGCUUCCUUUCAAGUUUCCUCUGAGGCCUGGUGCCUCGGGAGCCGGUAGAAGCUUGCCAGCCUACAUCUUCCAGCCAGCUGUGCUGUUGUCACCUCCCCGGCAGAAGAGCAAUCAGGAAUUGUCUCUCCUCCGGAAUGUGGUGACAGCCAUUUCUCAGUCUCCUGAAAACACUGAGAGCGAGCCAUGCAAGGAAAGGAGCUCACCUUCCUCCCUGAGAACACAGAGCACAACUGAGGAAAACGGGCUCAUCUCUCAAAGGCAACCAGUUCCUCCUGCAGACAAAGACCUGGGGAGCUCCCAUGGGAAAAUCAGUCUGUCCUGCCCAGGUGACACCAGAAAAAACGUUACAGCCGAGGAGUUAUUUCAAAACGGUGAUCUGCUGGGACAGAUAGCUGAGCUCACACGGCAGAACUCCCUAAUUAAAGCUCAACUGAGCAAAUUCAGAGCCUUGUCUGAAUCGGACACAAGUGACUGCCUACCUCAGCCAGACCCAGUCCGAACUGCAAAUCCUAGUCCAGACUCUUCACAAAGAGAGACUCAUCUCGCGGUGUCGAAGAGCUUGGAGGAAAGAAUUGCGGAGCUGAAUCGGCAGAGUACAGAAGCACGUGAUAAACUGUUGCAGCUGAUAGACCAGCAGAAAGCAGCUGCUGUCAAUAUGGUCCCCCCUACGGCAUCUCCUGUUCUGCCCCCAUCCCUCAAUUAUACUGAAAAUGCAAGGAGGACAGCAGAAGUGUCUCUUCCCGUGGCAGUUGCUAUGGACAGCUCCAACGAAGACAGUGUUUCCCCUGCCAGUGUGACCAGUACGAGGAGGUCCGUAGGCGACUCUAGCAAACCUUGCUCACCCCUAAGCUCCCUGUCAGAAAGUGUGAAACUAAAUCCUGUCAGCCAAAGGCCAAAGGUGGAAAAGCAAAAAGGAGGCGGCUGGUUUGCACUGUCAACGCACGUCGUGUGA